AUGGACCGGCCGAGGAAGAGGCUCAACCGGCCCCUCGACUCCAUCAUCAUCCACUUUGACGCCUUCUACGCCAGCGUGGUCGAGGCUGAAACGCCGUCGCUGCGAUCCCGUCCGCUCGCCAUACAACAGAAACAGAUCGUGGUCACUUGCAACUACGAGGCACGCCGGAGAGGCCUCUACAAACUGCAGCUCAUCAAAGAAGCAAAGAAGAUCUGUCCGGACGUCGUCAUCGUCCUCGGCGAGGAUCUGACACGGUUUCGCAAUGCCUCAAAGGAGCUCUACGCCUUCCUUCGCUCCUUCUCGUGGAACUCUCGUUGCGAAAGGUUGGGCUUCGACGAGGUAGGCACAUUCCACGGAUUCUUCCGUCAGCUUCCUUCAUCUUGGCAGCACCGCCAUUUCGAAUUCCCCGCCGCAAAAGCUCCCUCGCUCGUAUAUGCUAUUUUCCUCAUCGAGGUCCGGACUAGGAUAAGCGAACACUAA